GCCAUUCACACGUUUACUUGUCUAUGCCCAAUUCUUCUUGUAUCACACACACUCUCCUCUCUCGUCUCAAAAUCUGCGACACCGUUUAACCCUGAAACACAGAAGCCGAAGGGUGCGAGACCAGAGACACAGAGAGAAUGGCGACGUCGACAGCUAGGGUUUCGUUCCGCGUAAUAGUAGCCAUUCUCCUCAUUCUCCUCCUCUUCUACGUCGGCCGUCCUCUCUACUGGAAAAUCUCCGCCACCGUUCAUGAGAUCCGUCAAAACAAGCAGACCGUCAAACAAGGUAUUUCACAGUUCGUUUUCGAGGCUCAGAAAUCGGUCGGAUGGUUUCACGACGAGUCGGAUUCGGGACUGCGGGAGGAUAGGAACGCUGCUGCGGCGGCCAAUCGGAAGAUUCUUCGUCAGGUUUUGUGAAUAUUUAUACGACAAUCAGAUAGUGUUUUUGUUUAUCAUGUGUAGAUCUGGUUGUCUAGAUUGCAAUAACGGGAGGGAGUUCUGCUGUCAAAAUUGAUUCAGUCCAUAAGUUUCGAUUAAUAUAUAAAUUUUAGUCCUUUUAGGGUUUAUUAAGACUCAAGUUUGAGAAAAAUGAUAGAAUUAUAAUGCAGGAUAUUGUGAUUUCUCUUUAGUAAGCCUGAUGCUAUAUAUAAAAAUAUUUUCAUUUGAGGUAA